AUGUCCACUGCUGUUGCACCCCCAACAGCAGCACCGUUGCCCCCAAUGGUUGACCGAGACAGAGACCUCAGCCCCAAGUCAUAUCCGGCCCUCGCGCCUCUAUCGACUUCGCGGCCUUCAAUUUCGACACCGAGGGGUCCUCCUGCCCACGAUUAUGCAGGAGAAAAGACGACUCCAGAUGACAAGCGGUCACCCAACUCGUCUCGGAAGAGCGGGGGGCCAGCCCCCAAAAUAUCUAUCAAAAAGGAAUCCCCGCCGUCCCCUAACAUGCAAGCGGGACCAAGCCGGCACCGCCCACAGAAACUAGACCUGUCGUCCGUAGCAGGCGGCCAGGGCCCGGCCACCGCCAGAGGACCGCUGACAGCUCGAGACGGGCUGGUCAUGCACGACGUCGGCCUUGCGUGCCUAUCUCCUGGAUUCCAAACUCACGACCCCAACAUGAGAGAACAGCUUCAGAGAAGUAUCUCUGUCAGAGACCAGCAACGCUCCAUAAUUGAGUCUCGCCUACAGAAAUCCGCCAAGGGCGACGGCCCAGACGCCGUCAAGCCCUCAGAAUCAAAUCUCUUUGGCUCGGCUGCGCCAAAGUCCAGCAGGAAACGACCACCCCCAGGGCUGUCCAUUGUUGCUCCAUCUGCUGCCACUUUUGCCGAUGAACGAGUCAUUCAAUCUGCACCACUCAAUCAGACAUUCACUGGCCGCCAUCAGCCGCCGCCUCUAACUCGCCGUUUUGGCAACCCUCCAGAUUUUACCGCCUCUCCCCAGGUAAAUCAUAACCCAGCCAACCAGACCAACAACCGUCUGCCACCAAUAUCAGAUGUCUUUGGCGCCGAUGCUCUAGGUCCAAGAGACAGAGACAGAGACCGCGAUGCAAACUCCCGAAACGGUUUUGGCCCACAGUCUAACAACCAUGGGCCCCUCCCUUCACCCAGCCUCGCCACCAAUCAACCUAAUAGUGCGGUAUCUACCAAACGACCACGGGAGUACCGUUCUGCCGAGGAAGCAGUUCAUGAACUCGCCGGUGGUCGCGAGGAACUCCUCCCCCGAAUCGUUCAUUAUAGCGGAAACAGGGCCAACAGCCCACGAUCCCCUCCAGGGUCCCAUAACGGAAACGGAGAGGGCCACUCCUCCCACCCACAGCACCACCAGUCACAUACCAGUGGCGGACCACCCAGUAGCCAAUUCCCUAACCAAUCAUCACUUGGGUUCCCUGGUUCAGGCGCUCGGCGACGCACUAGAAACGAGUAUGAGCAAGAUCACGGCAGCCCACCUCUUGGAAACGGGCCGGAGCAUAGAUAUAGGCCUCCUCCAACUUCACACGGACCGUUCGGAGCUGGACGAGACUCGCCUGAUACCCAGAGAAGAAAGAAGGAAGAGUUCUUAAGCUUAUGUGCUCGUGCAUGGGACUUGUUCCAUUCAUAG